CAAAUCGGAAAACACCUUAGACAAAAUAAUCAAAAUGUUACAAUUAGUAGAGGCAACUACAAUGGAACGUAUUGAAGCAUUACUGGCACGCACUGGCUACCACAUUGAACAAGACAAUGGCCAACGCGUAUUUUUCAACCCCAUGAAUGACUCUAUAAAUCCACCACGAGGAUGUGAGAUAUUUGUUGGGAAACUUCCUCGAGAUAUUUUUGAAGACAUACUGGUACCGAUAUUCGAACGUGCCGGUGCGAUUUUUAAGCUUCGGUUGAUGAUGGAUUUCAAUGGAAGAAAUCGCGGCUUUUGCUUCGUGACCUAUUUUCGCGUAGACGUUGCCAACGCAGCUGUUAAAAUGUUCGACGGCUACGAGCUACGACAGGGAUGCAAGAUCGGCGUAUUUAAGUCGUUGGACAACACACGUCUUUUUGUUGGCGGCAUACCGUUGGACAAAACGAAGAAAGAAGUGCAGGACGCGUUCAAUGAGUUUGUUGAUGGCAUUAAGGACGUGAUAAUGUAUCCGUCCAGCCUCAAUCAGAGCGUUAACCGAGGGUAUGUGUUCAUAGAGUUUGAGAAUCAUCGUUAUGCGGCGAUAGCACGCCGUCGCCUCCAGCCCGGAUCGCUGAUCCUGUGGGAGUCGAAUAUAUUGGUUGAUUGGGCCGAACCACUGCCCGACCCUGAUCCCAACAUUAUGUCGAGGGUUACUAAGUUGUAUUGUCGUAAUAUUGCGGUGGGUCUCUCGCCCGAGAAGUUUCAAAUGGAAAUUGGGAAAUUAAUUCCGAUGCAGUUGGUGCACAAAGUCCAUAAGAAGAACGAUUAUGCGUUUAUUCACUUGUAUAAUCGCACUGCUGCAGAAAAUGCCCUUGAAAAAUUAUCUGGUGCUGAAAUACUUGGAAGAAAGCUUGAAGUUACAUGGGCUCGUCCUGAAUUCUAUAGCAAUUUACACACCAGAAACACUGAGCCAAAUCAUUUCUGCUUGUCUAUUCCGGCUAAAAUAAGGCGACUUAUUCGAAUUCGCCAAGCGUUGAAGAAUCCGCCUCCGAUUUCACCAAUGAUGGCGAAUAAUUUUAUUUUUCCACCUGCACCACACCAUUUGGCACCGUUCCCCCCUGCGAUCCCACAACACCUGCCUUUUCAUCCAAAUCUGUUUGUGCUUCACGAAAACGGUAUGAUGUUCUAAUGGAAAUUCACGGAUCGCCUCAUGUCAUAUUUAAAAAGACAGAUUUUCCUGAUUGCUAUUAUAAUUAGUAAAAUUAUUUCCUUGACAUG